UGUAUUCAAGAUGGAAGACGAGACAGACCACAAGCUCCCAAACUUGAAAAUAUGCAUAGACAAUACAGAAUCAGACGAAGAAAAACGCGAUGCUGUGUCUGUGAAUGUUGAGGAGGAACUUGAUUACAAUGAGGAUCUUGAUAGCGAAGAGAGUUCGGGGGAGGAUGACGUAGCGUUUAACGUCCGCUUGGGAAAUUUAAAGAAGUCGGGAGACGUUGGAUCGAAAGUCGAUGUUCAAGAUGACAGCAGAAUGAUAAAAUCAAAGUCAGAGAGUGAGGAAGGGGAAAUAAGUGAUUCCAGUGAUGAUACUCCGGUUGAGUUCAAUGUUAGAUUAGGGAAGACUCCUGUCAAGGGCCAAUCCACAGGAUUUCUAAAGGUACCUGAAAGCCAUGAUUCUAAUAAAGAUGAAUACCACAAUAAAAAAUCAAAACCCAAAGCAGACAGAGCGAGAAGACUCGGGAUUGAAAUAUCUAAGAGGGAUCCAUCUAUCAAUUUACCAGAGUUAUACAGGAGUCUGGGUCUAGAGGAAGACAAAAUUGAUGAAGAUCAUCGUGGAAUUCGCUUGGAGGCCAUUCAUUUUCGUGGACUUAAAGACAUGAACACAAAGGAUGUGUUCGAAUACUACAAAGAAUUUAAUCCUGGAAAUGUUGAAUGGAUUGAUGAUCAGUCAUGUAAUGUUGUGUGGCAGGAUCCAUUGUAUACAGCUAGAGCCAUGCUGAAACUAAGCAAGAGCUUUGAGGAGGCUACAUUAGGUGACAGCAGGGCAGAGGAAACCUCAGAGUUAGACACUGAUAAAGACAAAUCAAAGGAACCAAGGAAAAAGAAGCUGGUGAAGAAACAGAAGAAGAAAGACAGCAGCAGUAGUUCAUCUUCCUCGUCUUCAUCCUCUUCUAGUUCAUCAGAGGAUGAGGAUGAAUCACCAAAAAGGAGAAAGCCAGUGAAGAAGACAGCACCCUCCUCAAACAAAGUCAGAUCUCCUCCCAGUGAGGUGUCCAGUCAAAGUGAGAGGAAGACAGACACCCAUCCAGAGAAGAUGGAAGAAGAUGAAGAUGUGCUGGAUUUGAUGGAUGAUGGAGACAAAAUAGAAAAAGGAACCAAAGACGUGGAAGUCAGUGAAAAAGACAAAAAGUCAGAAUCAUCAAAAGUGAGCAGUAAAAAGAAAAAGCCAGUCAUGGAAACAAGUGUGUCAUCAUCAAAGGAAAGACAGUCUAGAAAAGAUAAAGCCAAACAAUCAAAAAAAGCCAGGGAGUCCUCCAGUAGCAGCUCAUCAUCUUCAUCUUCAUCAUCAUCGUCAUCAUCCAGUCGAUCAGGGUCAUCGUCUUCUUCCUCCUCCUCCUCAUCAUCAUCCAGUGGUUCCAGCAGUGGAAGCAGCAGUAGCUCUUCUUCUUCAUCUGAUGAGGAGAAAAAGACAAAGAAGGAGAAAGUUGAGAAGACAAAAAAUGAAAAGCAAGUCAAAGAAAAACUUAAAUCAACCAACUGGAAGCCACCAGACAUCCCUUGGCCUCCUGGGAAGUGGCGACUUGGCAAGCCUUACAAAAAAAACAAAUAUCUCUUCUUGCGAUAUGCCAUGAAAACUGAUAGGAAGUUACCUGGUAGAGAGAAGUCGAGCAAGGCCUAUCAGAAGUACAGUAGUGCUAAUUACACAGGAGAGAGAGGUCUGAUCAGCAAAUCUAGGAAAGAGACAUUCCGUACAAAACAGCUGAAGGAACAGAGAGGAGAGGCCAGGACUGCUAUAUCUGUACAGAGGUCAACUAUAAACUAUAAUGAUGUAGAUAUCUUUGGGGAUGACACAGUUAAUGUCAAAAUGGAGACAGAUGAAAUUGAAGAAUUUGGUGCCAAGCCCCAGAGUAAACGGGAGAUAGAGGAACGAUUGAGGAGUAUUCUAGGUGGGAAAACCCCCAAAGAAGAGGAGGCAGAGAGCGAGGAAGAACCUCCUCCACCAAAGGAGGAAUCUGAUGAUGACCUUGACCUCACAGAGGGCACCAAGGUCCCAGAGGUCGACGAGGAGGCAGCGUUGAUGGAGCAGGAGUUAGACAUUUUGUUGGCUUCACCUCAGAAGAAGCGAACAAUGAGGAUGUAUGCUGAUGAUGUGGAAGAGGAGAGGAUCAAUAAGAGGUUACGUAAAACAAAAGAGACACGGUCGAGUGAAUCUCCUGAGUUUUCACGGUAUAGAGAAUAUUCUCCAGAACCCCGCCGCCGAAAAGAUGCAAGGGAUAGAAUCUCUGGGAAAUCAGUAACCAUGACCACAUCUGGGCUUUCUUCUGGAGGAUCUGACCUCCGCAACAAAUUGAAGGCCAGUCGAAGAGUGCCAUACAACAAACCGUCAUCUUAUGACCAGUACCACAGCGUGAGGGUGGAGGUCCGGGACUGAGAGUUGGGGUCAAGGUUACUAGGACAUUUCAGACAGAACAAUUUACUCAGAAGAAGGACAUGUUUUUUUUAUUUUUUCAUGAAAAAAUAUUUUCAUUAUUUGUACAAUUUUAAGACUUGUUAUAUGAAAUUAGAUGUUCUGUUUUCCUUGAUGUUUGUUUUGACUGGUAAUUUAUUCUGUAAGUAUUUGUGCUGUUGAUUUGUGAUGUUGAAUACAUAUAUUUUAUAGCUUUGAACACACCCUAAUAUUGAGUCUUAUUGUAUGUCGAUACAUGUAAUUGAUAAAACUAUCAUUUUAUUUUUUCAUCUUCUUUUAAGGUUAAUUUUAUAAUAAAUAUUCAGCUGAGCUUAGAAUUCCUGAUUUGCAAUCCCUUUUAAUAGCAAAACUUUUUUUUGAAAAAUUGCAAAUUCAAGUAAUGUACAUUUUUUUCAAUGAAUUGUACCUUGUGUUUAAAUGAAUAUGAGAGUCUACUUUAAGGAGCAUGGAUUUGGUAAGGAAGCUUUUGCUAUAGGCAUUUUUUUAUGUUCAGGAAGUGUUUCUCUCUGAAAGUGGUUACACUUAUAACUUUUAAAUGUUUGGAUGUGACUGACAUUGACCUUAAAUGUGUAUGUGUAACAAGUGAUUCAGGGGAAUUAAAAACAUUAAAUAAAUAUGAAAACACUAAA